GUUCAUUAACAAUAUACCAUUGCUCAGCCUUUUCAAACUUCCUUUUUCCCCGAAACGAAGAACGAAAAUGAACUUUGUUUUAAGUAUACUGGGGCCUUAAUGGUUGUUAGAUUCAACCAGACUUUCAAACCCUUGGACUUCUGAGUGAAAAAGGAUAUUCAACAAGAAAACAGAUCAACUGCAGGUUUCAGGAAGUCUUGAGGCUUUAACACAGUCUGUGUCUGUCUGUCAUCAUUCGGUCAGUAUGGAGCUCCGUCAACUUCCUCUUGUGCUCUUGCUGAUUUCAAACAUCCACUCUGGACAAACUGAAGAUAUUCCCAAACCAACUCUGACUGUUGAGCCACAGAGUUCAUUGUUCACUGGAGACUCAGUUACUCUGAGAUGUGAGGUGAAUCAGUCAUGGGAUAGAUGGGAGUUUAUCCGGAGUAGAGACUCAAACACUGAAUCUACUGAAGCUGCAACUAAAACAAUCAAUUCAGUGACCGUCUCUGAUGGAGGAGAGUACAGGUGCAGAGCACAAAGAAGAGGACUUUACACAAAUUACAGUGAACCAGUAACAGUGACAAUAAACGAAAGACCAAAAGCCAAAGUGAGCAUUAAACCUGAUCAACAUGUAUUCAGAGAAGAGAGAGUCACUCUCAGAUGUGACAUUGAUGGUGAAGGAGUCACUAGCUGGAAGUACAGCUGGUAUAAAGACGGUUCAGACAGUGUUUUCAGUGAACUACAGGAACACACAUUCAGUUCUGUUACUGAGUCUGACGCAGGUAAAUACUCCUGUUAUGGAGCAGAGAGAGGAGGAUCACGAACAUCAAACAUCAGUGAUGAAGUUACACUGACAGUAUCAGAUAAAACCAGACCAGUUUUAAGUGUUUCUUCACAGAAGUGGUUGACUGAAGGAGAUCCAGUGACUCUGAUCUGUGAGGUUAAAGACUCCUCUACAGGCUGGACAUUCAGCUGGUUCACUGUGACUGUUUCAUCAGAUUACAGAAAUCGUUAUCAGAUUCUCUCAGACAGCAGCAGAGGAGCUGGAGGAAACUACACGGUCAGUUCUGCUGCUCUAAAUCACACAGGAGUUUAUGUGUGCAGCGCAGAGAGAGAAAAACCAGUCUAUAGCACACACUACAGCAACGAACAACUACUAUGGGUCACUGGUGUUUCUCCUCCAGUCUCUCUGAUCAUCAGUCCCAACAGAACUCAACACUUCACAUUGAUCUCUCUCUCUCUGAGCUGUGAGGACCAGCGUAACUCUGAUAGAUGGACAGUGAGAAGAUACAAAGACAAUUGGGGUCUGGAAGAUUGUUUACUAUCACGCUGGGGAUCACAAAAAGGAUCUACGUGUAAAAUCAUGUCCACUGACCCAUCAUACACUGGAGUGUACUGGUGUCAGUCUGAAUCUGGAGAUAGCUAUCAGCCUGUUAAUAUCACUGUACACCUUGGUGUGAUUCUGGAGAGUCCUGUUCAUCCUGUGACUGAAGGAGAUUCUCUGACUCUACGCUGUUUAUAUAAACAUUCAACUCCACCAAUCCUCAGAGCUGAUUUCUAUAAAGAUGGAUCACUCAUCCAGAAUCAAACUACAGAGAUGAUCAUCUCUACUGUCUCAAAGUCACAUGAGGGUUUGUACUACUGCAAACACCCAGAGAGAGGAGAGUCACCCAAGAGCUGGAUCUCAGUCACAGCUUCCUCCACAACAUCAGAAUCUGAUGGUCUCAAUCCCAUGAUAAUUGGAGUGACUGCAGGACUGAUUUUGACAUUUCUGAUCAUCGUCUUCUUGGUCCUCUUGUGGCGCUACAGAAACAACAAAGGUGUAAGAUCUCAGUCUCCGUCUAGAGUCAGUGAACAGCAGAACAGCAGUCAGACAUCAGAACAGAACCAGAGUCAAGCGGGAUACAACACACUGCUGUCUGGAACUGCUCAUAUUUAUGACUCUGUUGAUGCAACAAUUAAUAAAGACUUCAGCACAGAUAGUGUUAGUGGACCUACUGACGUCACCUACGCUGAGAUUGAACACGAAUCUUCGGGGAAACAGAAGAAAAAUAAAGAAAACAAAGAGAAAACCAGUGAAGUUUCUGACACUGUUUACUCUAAACUGAACCUGGGGACCCAUCAAGGUGCUGGAUCUAGUGAUGUGACGUAUACUCAGGUUAAAUAAAUGCCCAGAGGAGAAUCUUUCAAACCCAGGAUGUUGAUGAGUUUGGGGGAGAAGAUCUGGAGAAUGAGCAGAUCAUCCGUGCUUUAUCAUCUUUGUGAUACUGAGAAAUUGAUGGCAAUAUGUGUAUUAAAUAUUAGUGAUGCAAUCCUUCAUGUGCUUCAAUAGCUAUGCAUGUUAAUAUUUAAAAGCAAUGAGCUGAUUAUACACUGGAUAAAAACAGCAAAGGUAGAUGAUGUUUCAGUGCUGCACAGAGUUUAUUUUAUUAGUUGAUACCAGCAGCAGCAGCUCAUCAUUAGACUGAAAGAGAGACAGAAUAUUCAGCUCAAGGCCUUUUUCUUGAAUGUUGAUUGACCAAAUUUCCUUUUUUCUUUGUCUUCUUAAUUUAAAAUGUAUUUGGAGCAUUAUAGUAGACAACCUAGAAAUAACAGGCCAUUUUUAAAUCAUGACUUGCUGGUCUGCAUAAAUUGCAUUAAUAACCACACGCGUGUGUUCUAUUUUUCCCCUAGACGUCGGUUUCCUUUGAAUUGUUUAUUUGGUUUGAUAAUAAACUGCUUUAUUGUUAAAUAA